AUGUCUGACAACAGGAAACAAGAAAAGGACUUCUCGCCGGAGGUGGACGCUUUGCUGCCAGAAGCUGAGAAGCUCGUCAAGGCAGGGAAGCUUCAGGAGGGUCUCGACAAGCUCUUUGUCCUUGAGAAACAGACGCGAAAUGCAGCCGAUCUUGCAUCUACUUCACGACUCGUUUCCGCGAUUGUUCAGCACUGCUACUCUGCGCGGGAUUACGCGUUACUCAACAGUAGUAUCUCGAUUCUGGCCAAGAAACAUGGACAACUGAAGGGUGCUGUGCAGACGAUGACUGAGAAGGUCAUGCAGUGGUUAGAUGAGAUCAAGACGCGGGAAGGGGUUGACAAAUGGCUGGAACUACUGGAAACACUGCGCGGCGUCACGGAAGGCAAGAUAUACCUCGAAACACCGCGCGCUCGAGUGACAUUGUUAUUGUCUCACCAUCACGAAGUUCUUUCGAACGACCCAAAAGCCACACCCGAGAAUGCUAAGAAGUCGCUUCGCACAGCCGCUGAGCUCCUCUCCGAGCUCCAGGUGGAGACUUACUCGUCAAUGGAACGUAGAGAGAAGACGGAGUUCAUUCUUGAGCAGAUGAGACUACUUGUGGCAGUUGCACGUCAGAAGGAUGCAGAGGCGGGGCAAGAGGGCAAAGAUUCGUUGUCUGGUGGUGACCCAGAAUGGACCAAAGUGAGGGUUGGAGGUCGCAAGAUCAAUGAAGAAUUCUUGAAGGAGGAGGAGAACGAAGUAGGUAAUAAAACUUUCCUGGUAUAUUCAUUGCUCAUUAGUACACCGCAGGACCUUAAGCUCAAGUUCUACGACCUUAUGAUCCAACACGCUCUGCACCAAAGCUCGUACCUCGACGUUGCCAAAUAUUAUCAAAAAGUAUGGGAAACACCGUCUAUCAAAGAAGACGUGACAGACAAAGGCCGGAUUGCACUUGAGCACAUAACUUACUACGUUGUCCUCGCGCCGCAUAACAACGAGCAGGCCGGUAUGCUGCACGGUCUUUAUAUUGACCCAGCACUGAAGCCGCUUGAACUACACUAUAACCUCGUCAAAUCCUUCCACACACACGAACUCAUGAGAUGGCCAGGUAUCGAGUUGCUUUACGGCUCUUUCCUACGGCAAACCCCUGUCUUCAGUCAGGAGAAACGAUGGGAGGACUUGCAUACACGAGUGAUUGAGCAUAACAUCCGCAUCAUAGCAGAAUACUACUCACGCAUCACCAUUCCCCGCCUAAUGUCCCUCCUCGAUCUCACCGCCCAACAAACCGAAGAAACCCUGUCGCGAUUAGUAGUCUCUGGCACCAUCUGGGCACGGAUAGACCGACCAGCUGGCAUCAUAAACUUCCGGGCGAAACGAACUGCUGAAGAUGUGAUGAACGAUUGGAGUUCGGAUAUGCAGAGACUACUGGGGCUCGUGGAGAAGACAUGGAUGGGAAUGAAUGCUGCCCAGGCAGCACAGUCUCGUGUUGUAAAAUCGUGA